GAGAGCUGAGUGAUUCUCAGAUACAUAAAAAGAUAGAUGUUUACAAUAGCGGUGUGCAUGCAUGUAUACUGAUUUAUAUAAAUCUCAAUAGGGGGACAUAAACAGAACAAAAUGUACAUAUGCAUGUACAUAGGGAACACUCUACAAAAUGUAUUGUGCAAAGCAGUGCUACUACAGGUUAUUCCUAUGAAGACUAAAAAGUACCCCACUAUCUGUACAAAUAAAUGUAUUUUUUACAUUUAUACAUGUAAGUACAGUACUGAAGGAAAAAUGCUGGGAUUUAUGAGACUGCCACGUGAUGCAGAGAAGAAUAGGGAGAUUUCGGAAGAUUUGGAGUAAGGGAAUUAGAAGUUUAGAUGGUAAAAAUAAACAUACAGUAAACAAACAAUAAAAACUGGGUAAUGGGCUGGAAAAGAACAAGUCUGCCAGCCUAAGAGACUAAUAGAGUCAAAUAACAGGGUGUAUUAAAAAGGGGAGGGAAGAAGGUAGGAGGAGAUAAACAAGAUAAAAGGGAGGUGUAAGCAGAUGGACGAGAGAAUUCACAUGCACAAGAAACAAGGAACAAGACGCACAGAGACACAACGCUAGAGGUUCACCAGAAAUUGUCAAUUUCAAAUAUGAAGUCUCCAUCAUCUGAGAAAUGUCCCCCAAAUCCACAAACUGAGAAUCUACCCGAAAAUAUGACUGAAAGCCAGUCCAAUAAGGAGGCCCAGACACAAAUGGACAUUGAGAAGGAUUCCGGGUACUCAGACAGCAGCUCAGAAAGCAUCAGCUCUGAAGAGACAAAGAGUUCCACAGCAAUUAUAAAAGUCUCUGAAAUCUCAAAAGCGACUGCACCGGCCCAGGCAUCAUAUACUCCCAUCUACAUAGUGCAGAAUAUUGUAUUGAAACAGCCAAGACUCCUUAUUCUGCAGACCCCCAUCCGACGUCACCGCAAAAGGCCAAAGCAUUCUUCUUAUCUUCCAAUUCUUCAGUCUUAUGCUCGGAUUGCACCCAAGGUUGCACUUCCUCCAACACCAAUCAGUCCCUCAUCUUACACGCCUCAUACUUCCACAAACAAUCAACCUUCAUUAUCACUACUUGAGCUUUCCCUGCGAUCCCUUGCUCUCCUGCGCAGGAACCAGGAGACUCAGCGCUCUAUCAGGCAGCUUAGAGCCCAUACCAGACAGUACGACCUUGCAAUACGAGGUGAAGAGGGUGGGUGGGAGCGGCUGUGCAGAGCAAUGGAUAGAAGUGGGGGUUACAAGAAAUACUUAACAUCAAGCUCAACCAUGACAUCACCAGAAGAACUGACAAUUAACAACCACUGUGUAACAUUAAGAGACAAAGCACUUAUGCCCCUGCAGAACAACGCAACUGCUUCAGACUGUAUUAGGACCAGCUAUGUCUCAAGGGGCUGAAAGGGACUUACAAAUGAAUUAUUCAUUAUCACGAAUGCUAGUGGAGUAACUAGAAGUUACACCUUUGUAUACCAUUAUAUAUUUAAGUUAUGUUUACUUUUUUUAAUUUCAAUAUAUCAAAGCAAUACAUGGGGCUGAGCCUCAAGUACCAACGUUUAUGUAUAUUAAGUAUUUUAUAGAAAAUAAAACUAUAUUUUGACAUUAA